GGGCCGAAUGUUGAUCCGCAUGUUGGCACUCGCACUCGCACUCGCACUCACUUUCGCUGCCAGGGCUGAGGCGCACCUUGUCGUGCUCAAGCUGCCAGCAAGCGGUUCCAGUUAGUUGGCCUGAUACAGCCUUGACAAUUAUACUGCAUCUUGGUAUGCUCCCCUUUGCAGCGAAAUAACCAUAUGCGAAGAGUAGCGCGCAGCAAGAGGCGACGCGACGAGCCAACGGCGGCAUCCAAUCAAACACCAAGCUAGUAGUCGAGUAUGAGGCACUGCCCCCGGUUGAGGCCCGCAAAGCGCGGGGAUCAAUUUCAUCAAGAGGCAUUGCAUACGUACACACAGUAUCUACAACGACGGGGGGGCCUGAGAAACGCGGGACAAGACGAGACAUGCGGCAAAAGGCAAAAGCUCAAACUCAACACCCCUCGAACUAGCGCGCGGGGGCGGCAACAAGGUUUCCAUGUGCCACCCCCCUUUGAUCUAAAGUCGCGCAGGCGAGGAGCUGCCCAUCAGCCUUGCAUGAUGGAAGACGUUACCCCCCCUUGCCCCGUCUGCCCCGUCUGCCCCGUCUGCAUUCUUAGAGGUAGGGUUCAACGCCAAGACGAGUGGCUGUCCCCGCGCUUUUCGGUCGACCUGCCCCAUCCGAAAUCCAUCUUUUCCACAUUUCCCGUCCUUCUAGCGCGACACUUUUGGGCCCGUUUUUCCCUUGACAUUUCCACGUCGAGUAUGGGGCUGUACAUGUGUACCUGUGCGAGUUUCAAAUGUGACAUCCAAGAUGAUGCGGCAACGACAAUCGCAUUGGUUCUCAUGUCGUUCCAGACACACCCUGGUGUGGCGGGUGCAACCCCAGAAUACCACGCCUGAGCAAAAAGCUACCGUAGUGUCGGCAUAGACGGGGCCGCUCUGGCACCACUGUUGUUGCCGCUCGAUUGGAAGGAGUGCCAGAAAACGGCGCGCCGUGCGAUUACAGAUUGUCUGCUAGCCUAACGUCAGCAGCCUGAGUCUGGAGCUUUGGAAUAACCAUAUUCAACAA